AUGCAUCAAAACCGUGGAAGUUGCAUUCGCGAUGGACAGAAGGCGUACUUGAAGAGUUUUUUCGACAGGGCGAUCUGGAAGCUAGCAUGGGGUUACCGUACUCUCCACUUUGCGACAGGCAUACUGUACAUGCCGCUGAAUCACAGAUCGGUUAGAAAAUUGUUUGGCUUUCUAAAAGCACUGGAAAAAUUAGUUCAGCAACAGUCACUGUAA